AAGAAGAUUUGCCUCAAAUUUUACGUUCAAAUAAAAUGAACAAUUCAGUGCUACCAACCCAAGUGUUAUAAAAUUGACAAAACAAUAUCGCAGAAAAAUCAAUUAUUGUAAUUUAAUUAGAAUUAAUUUCACGUACGCUUUAAUUAGGUCACUAGCCCCCAAAUGUCGCUGUCCCCGGCCUUCAAAUCGCCCUUCACCGACCUGACUGGGGCCCUGUUGAGCCACCAGUGGGGCGGCCGUUGCGCCGACAUGGAACUCCGUGCCCUCGACUGUCUCGAAGCCUACGGUUUAGACAAGGGGAUAAAAAAAUGCGAGACCCUCAUUACGGACUUCCAGGAGUGCGCCCUCCGCACUAAAGAGCUCGCCCGGUACUCCGCCAUGAAGGCCGAGCGCGAGCGCCAGUACAAAGCCGGGGAGCGGACCAAGGAGGACCGCUACGCGGAGCCCCCACGUGUUGACGGUUACUAAAUGUAAAAACUCGUAGUUGUAAAUAAAUGCAUUGUUCGACAUAAAUAAUCCAAGUUUAUUUUGUACAAAAUAUGUAGAAUACAAUAAUUAUUAAAAAGACACCGAUUU